AUGAAAUUUUUUACUGCUGCAUCACUUUUAGCUAUUCUUGGAUCAUCAUCUGCUUUCCUCUUUGGAUCACAAGGAGGUUGUGGAUGUCCUCCACCACCAAAACCAGCAUGUGGUUGUGAAGCUCCACCACCACCACCACCACCAGCUCCAGUUGGUUAUGCUCAACCACCAGUACCACAACAAGGAUAUGCUCAAGCAGGACCAGUUCAAGGAUUUUCUGGAGUCCAAGGUGGUUAUGCUCAACCAUCUGCUGGUGUUCAAGGUGGAUAUGCUCAAGUAGGACCAGUUCAAGGAUUUUCUGGAGUUCAAGGUGGUUAUGCUCAACCAUCUGCUGGUGUUCAAAGUGGAUAUGCUCAACAAGUUGCUAGUGCUCCUCAAGAAGGAUUUGCUGCUGCUCAAGGUGGUUAUGCUCAAUCAGCUCCAGUUGAACAUACUCAAUAUGCUCAAGGAAAAUAA